CAGGAACACGCACCCAGAUCGACACGCAUCUACCUGGCUUCCGCCUACUUAACGGGCGACGAGGCCAUGUCCACUUCGGAACUCAGCCCUCUGGUUGACUUCUACGAGAUGGAUUAACUGGAGUUCAUCAUCGCGGCAGACUCCAAUGCACAUCAUACGCUAUGGGGCAAUGCCAAUACCAACUCUCGAGGUUAUCGCAUUCGGCGCUUUCUUGGCCGCUGCCAAAGCUGGUCUACACGGCCAGGCUGUGUCAUCUCAGAGCAUUGUCCGACACGACACUGGCUAUGGAUCAGCUGCCUACGCUCCUUUAGCCUACGGAGGACAUUAUGGAUCUUCUCACUACGAUGGACACGACACCUAUGCGCACCCAAAAUACGACUUCUCCUAUUCCGUGGCUGACCCCCACACCGGAGACCACAAGUCCCAGCACGAGAGCCGCGACGGUGACGCAGUCCACGGCUCCUACUCCUUGGUGCAGCCCGAUGGCUCCGUCAGACAGGUCCACUACACUGCUGAUGACCACAACGGAUUCAACGCAGUAGUACACAACUCCGCGCCCUCAGUUCACCCCCAGCACGCCUACCACCACCACUACUAAGCUAUCCCCAAAGUUCCUACAAAAUGACUGUGAAAUAAAUUAUA